AUGCGGAGCUUUCUCACCGAAGGCCUGGAGGACGGCUGCUACGUCAACGGGCUCUACUUGGAGGCUGUGGACUGGGCUAGCGGCGUGCUUACCGAGAGCGAACCCAAGGAGCUCUUCAUUUCGUUUCCUGUGAUGAAGCUGGUGCCCUUGGUGCCGGACAACGCGAUACAGUGUCCUGUGUACGCCUGCCCAUGCUACAAGACAACCGACCGAAAAGGCGUGCUCUCCACGACGGGACACUCCACAAACUUCAUCCUCACCGUGAAUCUCCCACGGGAUCCGCAACAAUCGGAGAACCACUGGGUGCUGCGUGGCACUGCACUCUUCACCCAGUUGGAAUACUGA